AGGAGUUCGACAAUGAUGACAGAUUUGAAAUCUUUGAAGAGUUUGAAGCUAUAUCAAAUUCUCAUGAGUUUGUCUGCUUUCUUCAUCAUCAUUUUUAUGAUGACCUUGAAUGAACCGCGCAUUCAUGGAAGUCCUAACUCGGUCAAGUUACCAGACAUGAAGAACACGCCUUCGAGGAGUAAUAUUGCGAUAUUGACUAUUGUGAAAAGUAACUCUGACAGAGCCCGUUACAAGACAGCAAUGGAUUCCAUGGAGUGUUACGCUCUCCAGAACAACUACACAUAUUUGCAACUUUAUGGCGAAAAUUUCAAGACCAUAUGUGAACAAAACCAUAUUCACUUCCAACGCCACUGCAUCGUUGCUCAUAUCCUCAAAAUUCACCACUACCGUUGGGUGCUGCUAUUAGAUGCCGACGUUGGUGUCGUUAACGAGAAACGAAGAUUGGAGGAGUAUAUCAAAGAAGAAGCAAACAUCAUUCUUUACGACAGAUUUCUCAGUUUUCAAGUGGCGGCAGGCUCCUAUUUUGCCAAGAAAUCGAACUUUUCUGUGGUAUUCCUUCGUGGUUGGGCAGAUUAUUCUUUUCGACUGCCUAAAAGCUACCGCACUAAAGAUAACGAUGCUAUACAUAUGUGGUUGGUGGAACUGAUAGCUCCUAAUGCACCCCUGGCACCAGUGUGCUGGUUGCUAUGGAGACGUGCAAGGGAUAUCACGAGCAUACAGCACUUUACGGUAUGUUGUAGAGAAGCGAUCAAGGAUGCAGCAUCUCCUCAGAUACUCAUCUACAAAAGGGUAGGUUUUUUCAUAUAA